GCUAGCGCUCUCUCUCUCUCUCUCUCUUUUUUUUCCCCCUCUCUCUCUCUCUCUCUCUCCCUAAUACCAUGCAGAUGGGUUCUACACUUCCGGCAAACAACCUCAAACUCUUUCAGAACAGAGGAGCCAGCUUCAAAUGUCGUGGGUCACCAUCGAACCCAUUAACUAGAAUGCCCACGGCUACUUCACUAGCUGUUAAACCAGUCACAACCACCGAGUCCACUCGCAAACACUUAUCCAACCUUGAAAAGUUGCUUCAAACUCAGUCUCAACCCAAUCCAUUUGACCCACCAAAACCAGUUGAGAAACUUAUCAGCAAUAAUGGUGGGCAGCCGGAAAACAAAGGGAAAGGUCUACUGGAAGGCCUAAAAUUGGCCCGUAUUUGGCCCGAAAUGAAGGCAGCCGAGGACAUGUCUCCUCGAAAUCUUAACCGCCUCCAACGACUAUUGUCGAUGAAACAGGAAUAUUCUCCGAGGAACCAUCUCGGUAGUCGGUGGAGGGAAUAUCACGGCUGCAAUGAUUGGUCCGGCCUUGUGGACCCGCUCGACGAGAAUCUCCGGAGGGAGGUGGUCCGGUAUGGUGAGUUUAUUCAGGCUGCUUACCAUUGUUUUCACUCAAACCCCGCCACGUCAGCCGAUGAAGCCCCGUCCCUACGCCAUGUGGCAUUGCCGGAAAGGUCAUAUAGGGUGACGAAGAGUCUUUAUGCCACGUCAUCAAUUGGGUUGCCGAAGUGGGUGGAUGACGUGGCACCAGAUCUCGGGUGGAUGACCCAACGGACAAGUUGGAUCGGGUACGUGGCAGUUUGCGACGAUAAGAGGGAGAUUGCACGGAUGGGAAGAAGGGAUAUCGUGAUUGCCCUCCGUGGAACUGCCACGUGUCUUGAAUGGGCAGAAAAUUUUCGGGAUCUGCUAGUUCAAAUCCCAGGCCAAGAUGACCAAACCAAUGGCCAACCCAAGGUGGAAUGUGGGUUUUUAAGCCUAUACAAGACAGGUGGUGCUCACGUGCCAAGCUUAGCUGAGUCAGUAGUAGAAGAAAUUCGCCGGCUAAUGGAUUUAUACAAGGGUGAGACCCUAAGUAUCACCGUGACCGGGCAUAGCCUGGGUGCGGCCUUAGCCCUAUUAGUGGCUGAUGAAUUGAGUACAUGUGCACCGGAGGAGUCGGUACCACCAGUGGCAGUUUUUUCCUUCGGUGGCCCGCGUGUCGGCAACCGAGGAUUUGCAAACCGUAUUAACACAAACAACGUUAAAGUAUUACGUAUUGUGAACUCUCAAGACGUGAUCACUAGAGUUCCCGGUAUGUUUGUCAGCGAAGGAAUCGAUGAGGCGCUAAGGAACUCAAGCGCAGCCGCGGUGCUCGACGUGCUUGACAACAACAUGCCAUGGGCUUACUCACAUGUUGGAACAGAGUUGAGAGUUGAUACAAAAAUGUCUCCAUACCUAAAGCCAAAUGCAGAUGUAGCAUGUUGCCAUGACUUGGAAGCUUAUCUGCAUUUGGUAGAUGGUUUUUUAGCAUCAAAUUGUCCAUUUAGGGCUAAUGCUAAGAGAAGUUUAGUGAAAUUGCUUAAUGAACAAAAAUCCAAUGUGAAAAAAUUGUAUACAAGUAAGGCAAAGGCAUUGACUUUGAAGCUUGAUAAGAGGGAAGGAAUGCCUAUGUCUAGUUGUUUGCCAAGCCCUUCUUGAUUUUGCUACUUUUUUUAUUAUCAUAGUAGUAAAAGCACCCAUUUUUGGGGCCAAGGAUAAAUAUACUUGUACAAAACUGAAAUAAGAAAAAAAAAUCCAUUCUUUUCUUUUUUAAUC